AUGGCGUCAGACGUCGUCCGUGAUGGCGUCUUUGCCAUCAACAAACCAUGCGGCCAGAGUUCAGCCCAGGUGGUGCGAGAGUGCCAACAAGCCUUCAACCCUUCGACCUUCUUCCGACCCAUGAUUGAGGCCGAAUUGGCGCGACGGCUUAAGGAGUCGGGCAAACAAUUCAAUCGCCGAAAGGCCGAAAAGAAGGCAUCACAGGUUAAAAUAGGACACGGGGGCACCUUGGAUCCCCUGGCAACCGGCGUGCUGAUCCUGGGCAUUGGUUCUGGCACCAAGGUGCUGUCGCAGUUUCUCGACUGCACCAAGACAUAUGAAAUGACCGUCGUCUUCGGAGUGAGCACCGACACCUACGACCGAGUUGGCAGGGUUCUAUCCAGAAAAGGCUACGAUCAUGUUACCCGGGAACUGGUUGAGAAGGAGCUGGAAAGCUUCCGGGGCAAGCAGACACAGAUCCCACCACUGUACUCGGCUCUUAAAAUGAAUGGGAAGCCGCUUUAUGAAUAUGCCCGAGAGGGCAAGCCUAUCCCCAGGGAAAUUGAGGGCAGGCAAGUAGAGGCGCUGGAAGUCGAGCUCGUCGAGUGGUACGAGCCCGGGAAGCACAACCACAGGUGGCCAACGGACGAGGCCGAGGCCGCGGAGCGUAAUCUCGCCGAGCAAGUGUGGAGGGUGAAGAAGCAACAAGAGACGGGCAAGACGCUGACGCCCGAGGAAAGGGAGCAGGACGACCAGGCCAUAACGGCGCACGAGACGUUCAAGAGGCGCUUCGAGGAGCGGCAGGAUGAGCUGAUCAAAGACCUCCCGCUCAAGAAAAGUCGACACAGCAAAGACCCCAAGGCCCUGAUGUCGGGGGCCCUUGGACAAAUGCCCCAGCCCGUCUAUUCUAACAAGGGGUCCAAUUUGGUUCCUGCCACGCCCGACUCCAGCACACCUCCGCCGUGGAGCGACGAGGGCCCUCCCGCGUGCAAGAUUCGGCUCACCGUGUCAUCAGGCUACUACGUCAGAAGUUUCUGCCACGACCUGGGCUCCAAGCUGGGGUCGGCGGCCAUCAUGGCGGAGCUGUGCCGCGUGCGCCAGAGCGACUUUACAGUCGGCGGCACAAACACACUGGAAUACGACGACCUGGGCAAGGGCGAAGAGGUCUGGGGCCCCAAGGUCGCCGACAUGCUGGCGCGCUGGAACGGUGAGCCAGAGAGCAACUGGCCGGGACGGCAAACGAGCCCCAAGCCCGACCACGACACGUCGCCGUUCAAGAAGCAGCAGCAGAAGCGCCGCCUGUCGACAGAGGCCGAUUCCCCCAGUCGGCAGGACAAGAGGGGGCGGUCACCGUCAAGCGAGUCUGCCGAGCCUCCCCGCAAAGCAACCAGAACCUCGUCGGCGGCGAAGCCCAGCCUGGAAGCGGCAACGAAAUCCGAUGACGAAAAGUCAUGGAAUGGCAUUGAAGACUAG